AUGCCCAUAUUCUACGACUCCCUCUCAGACCAUUUGCGAGACUGGGCUCUCUGCCAGAGCCUGUUCUUUGUAGCUUCUGCUCCGCUCCGAGGCCGGCACAUCAAUGUAUCUCCCAAGGGCUUGCUAGAUUCAUCAUUUGCCGUCCUGGGCCCCAACCAGGUUGCGUACGUCGACCUCACGGGCUCCGGGUGCGAAACCAUCAGCCACAUCCGCGAUAACGGCCGAGUGACAAUAAUGUUUUGUUCGUUUGAUAAGACUCCACGAAUCAUGCGCUUCUUCGGCACCGGCUCAGUCUUUGAGUGGCAUGAGGCCGGGUUUGCCGCGCUGUGCGGCAAGAUGAAGGGCGUUGGCGCGUCGUUGGCCGGAUCCAGGGCUAUAAUUGUAGUGGAUUUUUUCAAGGUGCAGGUCUCUUGCGGGUUUGGCGUCCCGAAAAUCAUGCAAAGCUCGGGUCAAGAUGACAAGGCGCAUUUUGAGAACCGGCCGACGCUUCAGGAAUUCGCUCAACGUACUGUUGAUCGAGGAGAAAUGCCCGACUAUCAGAAGAAGUGGAACGCGCGAAGUUUGGACGGGCUUCCGGGCCUUCGUUCGGCAUGGAGAGACAGCGGGCGGCAUGUUUGGUCGGCGCAGUAUCAGAAUUGGGUCAGCCGCCACCGACAUCAACUGGAGGAUCUGAAGACUUUGGCCAUAUUGACAUUGGUGCUUGUUCUCAUCGGAAAGGUCUGGCAGGGGCCGUCUAUUUAG